CAAAAUUGAAAAACAAAAUGUCAAAUUAUUUUAGGUUAGGAGUGUAGGUUUAAGGGUUAAAAAACAGCGUUUUCCUAUUUUUCAAAAUACUUUAAACAUUUAGAUGACCAGCAAUCGUCCGUUUUGAGCUUAACGUUAGUUAUGAACAAAGUACGAAACUCUAUAAUACUAGCGACCUUGACUUUUGUGCCGCUAAUAAUAAAUUUGAUCUUGCACCGGCGAUAUCGAAGAUUGAAAAAAGCGUUGAAAUGCCAGGAGAAAUUCUACUACAACGUUAUAUUCAUAAACAUGAGAAACGUCGAUUGCAAACAGCACCUAAUUAGCAGAAAAGAGUGCGGAAAUUCUUGUUCUUAUGUCCAGCUACAGAAAAUUCUGCACUUUGUAUCUAGUGCCAAAGUCAGCAUUUGCGUUUGUAUGUAUAUGUUAACUUUGAAGCAGUUCAGCCAAGAGUUGAUCAAAGCUCAUAAGCGGGGCGUCAAAAUAAGGGUUAUUUUGGAUCUAAUCAUGGCUAACGCUGACGCUGCACAAUACAAUAUCUCAAAAUUCAUUCAAAAUGACAUCAUUUACAAACACCAGGUUCCAGAAUACUCUAUGAUGCACCACAAAUUCUGCUUGAUUGAUAAAGAAGAUAGCAGUUUAGCUAAAAUGUUCUUUGGUUCUAUGAACUUGACUGGUCAAGCAAUGGUUUAUAAUUUUGAAACUGUUAUUUUAACAAAUAAUUCUCAUGUUAUACAGAGAUACAGUGACGAGUUUGAAGACCUAUGGAAUUAUUUUUGAUAUGCUUAAUUCUAUUAAUAGUUAAUAUAUUUUUGUACAGUACUUAAAAAGUUUCAAUACUCAUUUUAACACCAGGUGUGUAUUUGAGAAGAUAGUUACAAGUAAAAUGCGGAUAAUAAAAUGUUGACAUGUAAAUAGAUUAAUGUAAAAAAGAGAACAUUUCAAGCCAGACUGUUUAGAAUAAAUCAUGUAGCAAUCCAAUA